AUGGCUGAAAACCGCACAGCAGGACAAAUCAGGGAUUUGAAGGCUUCUCCUUUGGAUCUUUACAUCAAUAGACCCAAUGAAACUGUGGAAGAGUCGGGGAAGCAGAACCUGUGGCCCAGAUCCCUGGCUCGAAAAUGGAUGGCGAUGCUGUUUCUGGGCACCUGCCUCCUGUACUGUGCCCGGAUGACCACGCCAGUCUGUGCUGUCUCAAUGGCAGCCACUUUCCACUGGAGUAAAAUCGACUCUGGCCUCAUCCUGGGUGGUUUCUUCUGGGGCUACUGUUUCACUCAGAUCCUGGGAGGACAUGCCAGCGACAGAGUGGGGGGAGAGCGUGUCCUGUUCAUCUCCGCAGCUUCAUGGGCUCUGAUCACAGCUGGGACUCCUGUGCUGGCUCACCUGGGCUCCCACACCCUUGCUCUGAUGACGACGGCCAGAAUCCUGAUGGGAAUACUCCAAGGUGUUUUUUUCCCGUCUUUGGCAAGCCUGUGCUCACAGCGUGUUGUAGAAGCUGAGAGAGGGUUUUUAAUGAGCACCAUGCACAGCGGCACCCAUCUUGGCACGUUGUUGGCAGGUGGAAUGGGGUCCGUAAUGCUCGACAGGUACGGCUGGGAAAGCAUGUUCUACUGUACUGGUUUCCUGGCUGGACUCUGGGCAAUUACAGUGUGGUAUUAUUUAUUAAGAGGUGAUGCUACAGUGAAACAGAUGGGAAAAAAGAGCAAUCUUCAAUCAAGUUUGUCCAGAAAGCGCUGGCUGUACAUUUUUAAAAAACCUCCUGUUUGGGCCAUGGUGUUCACUCAUAUGUGCGCUUGCAGCACGUCCUACACUUUAUUAUCAUGGCUGCCGAUGUACUUCAAAGAGUCAUUUCCUAAUGCAAAGCCUUGGGUGUAUAAUAUAGUUCCAUGGUCAGCAGCGAUUCCAUCGGCUGUUGGUGGAGGAUUUGUGUCGGAUUUUCUCAUCACUAAAGGAUAUGGUGUUGCAUCUGUCAGAAAAAUAAUGCAAUUUGGAGCCAUGGGCCUCUCCAGUAUGUGUAUCUUGCCUCUGUCUGGAACAGACUCCUUUACUUCUGCUGUGGUCUUCAUUUCUGCUGCCAUCGGUUUGACCACCUUCACCGGAGGUGGUGUGUCUGUGAAUGUGCAAGAUCUCACUCCAUCAUGUGCUGGUGCACUCUAUGGUUUUAUGAAUAUGAUGGGAGCUCUAAUGGGUCUGGUUCUGGUGUCCUUCUCGGGCUACCUGAUUGAGGUCACCAUGUCGUGGGCCACAGUCUUCUCCCUAAUCACUUUAGUAAAUGUCACAGGCCUUGGGAUCUUCCUCAUCUUUGGAGAUGCUCAACGUGUCGACCUGCUGGAUGACUGCCAGGUUAUUGUGGUUUGACUCUGACUGAGCUUCAUGUUUAGAUCAUAUGUAGUCAACAAAUUCAAUGAAUUAUAUUUAUGUUUUUUAAUUUUGAUAAGGCAGGUAAUUCUGUUUGAAAACACAGAAUAGUGUUCAUCAGGAGGCAGAGCUUUGGAAGUUCUCUGUGUCGUUAUGUAGAGAAGAACAUCAGUCAAGUCCGCAAACAUCUUGUUAAUCUGAAAUGAAGGAACUUUCUCAACAUUUUUAGUACGGAAAGCCAUCCUGCACAACAACAUUAAAUUGGAGCUGCUUUGUACAAAUAUCAACAAUAUGAAGAUUUAUUUAAGAAAGUUUUAUUUGCACAUGAGAACUUUUACUUUUAAAUUAUAAUUGGCUGGAAACAAUAUGUUCAGUGCUGCGUAACACUUUGCCAACUCAAAUGCUUUUAAUUUCACCAAAGGGAAAUUGAAAGUUGUUGUAACUGAUUAUAAAGGUUUCUUCAAAGAGCCGUUGUAGAUGCUGAUCGCUGUGGGCAGGAUGGAUCUCCUGUAGCAGUCUAUGUUACAGCGGAUCUGUAGAAGCCUCUGACUGAAGACACUCUGUUGUUGCAUGACAGUCCAAUGAAGAGGAUGGUCAGGCUUGUCGGUGAUGUUCAUUUUAUGAAGAUUUCUUCUUUGCACAAUCAUCUCCAGAGGCGGAACAGAGCAAGCCUUCUAUUUUAGCUUGUUUAAGUUACUGGCUCCGAUUUACUUCCUUAAAUCAGGCUAAAGACAAAUCCUCUAGAACAUCACAGAUGUGUUGUAUUUAUUAAAGAUAAUAUAUUUGCUAAAUGUUCACAAAGCACCUGAGAAACCUAUUAAUUGAUCACAAAAAAAAAAAAAAAAAAAACUCCAACCUAAAGGGUCAGCUGACAGGUGAAGGCAGUAUACAGUCACUGACAGCAGACUGUUGGGAAAUGUGCUGAUUUUGAUGUAAUUCGGUACACACAGAGAGCAGCAAUAUGAAUCUAAAUGAUUUGACUUACAAUGAGCUGCCAUGUCUAAAACAAACACCAGAGGGGAUAAGUGUUAAGCAUAAGGAGUUAAGCGUGUGAAGGUCAACAGGACCAGAGGGAGAAAAACAGAUAGAAACGUUUUUGUAAUGCUGUGUAAUGUGUCUCUGCUGACCCUCACUCACUGUCUUAGCUGACUGUUAGAUGCCUCGCUAACUGCCUGUAAAGUAUUGCUCAACUAAUGAUGCCCUCACCUGCAAACUGAAUCAUUUACAUAUCCAUCACUGUUCUCACAUGCCAGAUUAAAUCCAGAUUACACCCCUUACUUCUGCGUGUUUUUGUCUUUGAGUGUAGAAUAUCAUCAAAUACUACCUAUGAAAUACUACUUUUAAAAUCCUGCUACCACUAAUGAUGGAAACAGUGGCCAAACACUGACCUGGUAAUCUCCUCCAGGCAUGGUUACACUAACUGUGCAACCUGCAACAAACAACCUGUAAUUAUUCAGUAAUAGCCUGAAUGUACCAUAUGAUUAGUAUUUAUUAAACUAUACAUAAAACCCUAAUAAUUUCCAAAGAUUAAUAUCACAUUUCUUAUGUUUUGUUUCCUCCUCUAACCAUCUUUUCUGUUAAAUGGAUGCCUCUACUGUUUGCAAUGUAGAAUCUAGGGUCUUAAAUGUUACUAAGGCCAUAACCUUCAUUAAAAUCAACAUUUAUGUCUGGAUUCCACUUUGAACCUUCAGAUGUUCACGUUUUAUUUUUACAACAAUCUUUCAUUUUGUCUGUUUGAUCAAAUCCAGACUACCUAUUUUUGCUGUCACGUUGUGUUAAAGUCUUGUUACCUUGUAUUUAAUUACAUUGAUUUGUUAUAUUCUUAUGUUGCGUGUGUGUUAAAGUGACAUUUAUUUUAUGAACCCCAGGGGUUCUACAACCUCGCCUUAAACAUGGUUCUUGUUUUUCUUUAACCGCCAUGUUUUUACGGUUAAAUAAACUUAAUCCACCACGUUCAGAGAUCAUCUUUUUUUACGUUCCUGCAUUUGCUCUACAGGUCCUUCUCAAAAUAUUAGCAUAUUGUGAUAAAGUUCAUUAUUUUCCAUAAUGUAAUGAUGAAAAUUUAACAUUCA